AUGGUGGCUCUUCUGGAUGCUAGAACUCUUGAAUAUUGGGCUGGCGGCUCCCUAAUUGCUCCAGAUGUUGUGCUAACAGCGGCUUUUGUCACUGAAGAACUAAACGAAUACCAGCUGAUUGUAAGGGCUGGCGAAUGGGAUUUGCUAACCAAACAAGAGCAAGGGGAACAUAAGGAUGUUUCCAUCAGGAAGAUUGUGCGACACUAUGGCUUCAAUCGGACAAAUGGAGCCAACAAUGUGGCCCUGUUAUUUCUCAAAAAGCCGCUGGAGCUAACCCACCAUAUAAACCUCAUUUGCCUGCCGCCACCGAAUCGCAACUUUAUCUAUAACCGUUGCAUUGUCAGUAACUGGGGUAAGAAGAACUUCGAGGACAUGGCUUACAUGAAUGUUCAGAAGAAAAUUGAUGUGCCCUUGGUGGACAGAUCUAGGUGCCAGCGACAACUUCAAGGAAUCUUCGGCAAGAACUUCUAUCUCGACCGCAGUCUGAUGUGUGCCGGCGGUGAGAUUGGCAAGGAUGCGUGCAAAGGCGACGGAGGUUCCCCACUGGCCUGUCCCCUCCAAAGCGAUCCAAAUCGAUAUGAACAGGUGGGCAUCGUCAACUAUGGAUUAGGAUGUGGCACAACUAUUCCUGCUGUGUACACUGAUGUCUCAAAAAUGCGGACGUGGAUUGACUACCAGAUCCGAGAAAACUCAAACGCUUAUCAACCACAAAAUGCAGAUGAUGGAGGCAAACUAAGAAAAGAAUACUUUAGAAACUUAUAA